AUGGCCAACCUCCGAAAAACCCACCCCCUCCUAAAAAUUGCAAACGACGCACUAGUUGAUCUCCCAGCCCCUUCAAACAUUUCUGUUUGAUGAAACUUUGGAUCUUUACUAGGGCUUUGUCUAGCUGCCCAAAUCCUGACAGGCCUUUUCCUAGCCAUACACUACACCUCCGAUAUCGCCACCGCCUUCUCCUCCAUUGCCCACAUCUGCCGUGAUGUUAACUACGGCUGACUCAUUCGAAACAUGCACGCUAACGGCGCAUCCUUUUUCUUCAUUUGUAUUUAUCUUCACAUCGGCCGAGGCCUGUACUACGGCUCCUACCUCCAUAAAGAAACCUGAAACAUUGGAGUAAUUCUACUCCUUUUAACUAUAAUAACAGCUUUCGUGGGCUAUGUCCUCCCGUGAGGUCAAAUAUCGUUCUGAGGCGCCACUGUCAUCACGAACCUUCUCUCCGCAGUCCCUUAUAUUGGCAACUCUUUAGUCCAAUGAAUCUGAGGGGGGUUUUCCGUAGACAACGCCACCUUAACCCGCUUCUUCGCCUUCCAUUUCCUCUUUCCCUUCAUUAUUGCAGCUGCAACAAUAGUGCACCUUAUUUUCCUCCACGAAACCGGGUCCAACAACCCCACAGGCCUAAACUCAGACGCCGACAAAAUCUCUUUCCACCCUUACUUCUCCUACAAAGACUUAUUAGGCUUCGCAGUCCUUCUAAUCGCCCUCAUUUCUCUCGCCCUCUUCUCCCCCAACCUGCUUGGAGACCCCGACAACUUCACCCCUGCAAACCCCCUAGUCACCCCGCCUCAUAUCAAACCCGAAUGAUACUUCCUAUUUGCCUACGCCAUCCUCCGCUCAAUCCCUAACAAACUUGGCGGGGUUCUCGCCCUCCUAUUCUCAAUCCUUGUCUUGAUAGUUGUUCCUAUCCUCCACACCUCCAAACAACGAGGCUUAACAUUUCGCCCUAUCACGCAGUUCCUCUUCUGACUUUUAGUUGCAGACGUCGCCAUCCUCACCUGAAUUGGAGGCAUACCCGUUGAACACCCCUUCGUCAUUAUUGGGCAAAUUGCAUCUUUCCUCUACUUCUUCCUCUUUCUCGUCCUCGCCCCUCUCGCCGGCUGACUAGAAAACAAAAUCCUUGAAUGAGCCU